CAGCACAAACAAAUAGCUUGUCUCACAAUUAAGCUCUGAGGUUGUCUUUUGCUCCAGACUGGAAGAGUCCAGGCAAACAAAACAAAGAGAACAUUUGAUUUGCUUCCAAAUUUAGGAGGUAGAGUCAGAGAUCCUGCAGGUCAUCUGCAUCUCCUUUGUCUCUGUUGUGGUGUACUCUGCAUCAGCAGCCAUGGUACUGGAGGAGAUGGAGAGUGACUCUGUCUUUGAACCCCAUAUCACUGAGGAACAUGUAGAGUCUUACUAUGGGAAUGUGCACUGCAUCAUGAUGGGAACUCCAAAGGCAAAUCAUCCUGUUAUCUUGACAUUUCAUGAUGUUGGACUGAACUACAAGUCCUGUUAUGAAUCGCUUUUCAAACACGAGGACAUGCGGGAAAUUAUCAGACAUUUGCCAAUUUGUCAUGUUGAAGCUCCAGGACAACACGAGGGAGCCAAAACUCUACAUACUGGACAUACCUACCCUACAAUGGACCAGCUGUCUGAAGCAAUUCCUGCUGUCAUGAAACACUUCGGCUUAUGUCGGGUGAUUGGAGUGGGAGUUGGAGCAGGAGCUUACAUCCUGGCUAAAUUUGCUCUGAAUCACCCUGAUCUGGUGGAUGGAUUAGUUUUGAUCAACAUUAAUUCCAGCGCUGAAGGACUAAUAGAUUCUGUUGCAAGCAAGAUCACUGAAUGGACCCACACUCUCCCUGACACACUCAUCUCACACUUGUUUGGAAAGGCUGAGAUUAUUAACAACCAUGACCUCAUAGCUACAUACCGACACCUAAUCACGACAACAAUGGACGAGUACAACGUGAGUGAGUUCCUGCACUCCUAUAACCACCGCCACCCCCUGGAGGUGGAGAGGCCCAUUCCAGGAGGAAACAUCAAUGCCAGGACCCUCAAGUGCUCCACUCUGCUGGUUGUAGGAGAUAAUUCUCCUGCUGUGGAGGCUGUGGUCGACUGCAACUCUAAACUCGACCCCACCAAGACAACUCUGCUUAAGAUGGCAGACUGUGGAGGACUUCCUCAGGUGGAUCAGCCAGCCAAAUUUAUUGAAGCUAUUAAAUAUUUUAUCCAGGGCCUGGGAUACUUGUCCAGUGCCGGCAUGACCAGACUUGGGUCACGAACAACCUCAUGCUCCAGCAUCACAUCUAACGAUGGCUCUCGGAGUCGCGCACACACCAACGAGCUGCAGCGAGGCCGAACACACUCACACAACGCCGAGGAGAAGCAUGGCCAUUCACACACUGGCUCCACGGAGCACACUUCGUAGACCACAUCGCCCAAUAAAGUGGCAUGCUAGAGAGCAUUCUGCACUAAAUGGCAUGCAAUUAUUUAUCUCAUUCCUCAUUGUAUUUACUUAGACUUCCGUCUGUCAUGCCCUUACAUUUGCACUAACUCUUGCAGAAAGGUCACAGGUCGUCCGUCCAGGUGACUUUGUUCCCUGUUCUGUAUCAGCGGUGUCUCUUCCUAUUUCUUCAACUAUUUAACCAUAAUUUCCUACAUUUCUCUCUUGGCGUUGUACCUAGUCUCUCCAUCCACUGCUAUCUCCUCAGCCCAGCCCUCUCUGUGAUGUUAUUGUAUUUUCUUUAUGUCAUUCAGCGUCCCCAUUUAUGUCCUCAUAUACUUUCAUUCAUUUUCAUCUUCUUACUGAUGCAUUGAGGUCUAUCAUGGUGUAUACUUCAUAAGUUAGUUAUCAAAAUUGACUCUUGAUGUAAAAAGCUCAAAAGUGUAUUCAUAUAUAAUUAAUAAAAUUACGAUAUAAAGAAA